CAUUUUCGAUAAAAUGUGUCACUAAAUUUUAAUUAGAAACACAAAUCUUCACACGCACGCAUACACACACACACUUUCGUUUUAAACCUGCCAUCAUUAUGCCGUCAUCUCAUCGUGUUAAAGACUGUUUAAAAUCAAUCACAAAUGAAGAGAUUAUGGUGUAUAGAUUUCGCGCCUACGUCUCUCCCCUUCUUGCACUAAUCGGUAUUCCAACCAACAUACUAGUCAUUAUAAUCUUCAUUAUAAUCGAUAAACGCGGAUCAUGUCGUUUCAAUCAUUAUGCUAUCUGGUUAGCAUUCUCACACUUAGCCCAACACAUUAUCAAUACACUAAUUGAUGAUUUCCUCGGACGUGGAUUACUCUGGGCAACUGGUUGUCGUAUCUGGUAUCAAGUCGAUGCGUAUUCAUCAUUCACGUGUAAAGCCCUGACUUACCUGUCAGAUGUAUUCGCACUGAUCAGCUCUUUUAUUCUAAUGCUAUUCAGCAUUGAUCGUGUCUGUUCCAUAUACAAUCCAAAACGAUGUGAACAAACAUUGCACUUGGGUGUAGCAAAACUGUGUAUACCUAUUAUAUAUAUUGUCUGCCUACUAUUAAAUAUACCUCAUAUUAUCAACGCCGAUCUAAAGUAUACUUCAAAUCGUGAACUCAGUUGUGAAUAUGUUGACCCAGUGGCUAAUGGAGUUAAAUAUGUAUUAUAUUUAUAUAUAAUUGGUGGGACACUGCUACCAGCCUUAUUGAUUUUUAUUACAAAUAUCUUAAUCUCAUGUAAGCUGAAAUCAGCGAUACGUCGAUCGAAGUCUAUCGGUUUCCGUGAUAAAGAUUCACACAGUGAGUUGAGCAAGGUUAUUACUCACUUGGCUAUCAGUAUUAUGUUCACGUGUUUAUCCAUUCCUCUGGUUAUCUUAGUUAUAUUACGACAAGAAGUACACUUUAAAAAUUAUGAAAUAAUCUAUCCUAAAUAUGCGCAUAAAAUUAUCCAGCUAUCGAAGUUGUUCAGUUCUCUGGAGUCAUUUAAUCAUACGUUUGAAUUUUUCUUCUAUUGGGCAUUUUUACCAGUUUUUCGAAGAACAUUGUAUCAAAUGCUGUCGAGUUGUUAUUCUUCGUUGUUGUGUAAUGCUAAAAAGACGCAUGACAAGGAGACAAGAGAUAUGAAAGUCAUGAAUAGUACUUAUAACAUUAUAAGUAAUAAUCAUAAUCAUAAUAAUAAUAAUGAAUUUGCUAACAAUAAUCAAAAAAUAAACGUUUACAAUCACCUUCACUCGUUGUAUCAUUCAUCUGAAUUAGGUAAUUAUUAUACAUCUUCAUAUUUCCCUAUUGGCUAUUCUCCUUUACGUCAAUACAAAGGCUGUCAACACCUACAUCAUCAACGGCAUCCUUCCCUGAGGUAUAAUUACCAUUACUACGCACCUGGAGAACGAAAACAACAUGAGCUAUAUUGUCAGUUAGAAUAUAGUAAACCGUUAAGUUUUUAUUGUAUCGAUGACAUUCUACAUAAGAAUUCUGUACACGAUAAUAAAAUGAAUCAGAGAAAGUUAUCAAAAGAUUCUAAUUUUAUGAUGGUCAGUAAUUUAUGA